AUGGAAGAUACGGCACUGACAAAGUUCGCAGUGCCAGCGGUGAUCUUCCUUGUGGCAUUUUUAUCAUAUUCUUCGCAGUACCUAUUCUACAACAUCGAGCCUGGCCCGUUGGACUAUAGAGAGAAGGUCAUAUUCAACAUACUGGUUGCGUGCAUAUGGGUGUCCUACGCACGUGCCUGCACCACCCAUCCUGGACGGGUUCCCACCAACUGGCAACCUGACGAUGUCGAACAGGAAAUGUCAGCCUCGGCUGCAGACAAAGCUAUCUCAAGGCAGCGUUACUGUCGGAAAUGCGACGCCGUGAAGCCCCCACGAUCUCACCACUGCAGAAUAUGCAAAAGAUGCAUUCCGAAAAUGGAUCAUCACUGUCCUUGGACGAUCAAUUGCGUGUCCCACUUCACCUUGCCACACUUUAUACGGUUCCUAUGGUAUGCAGUGUCCGCCAUGUCCUAUCUCGGAUGUUUCCUGUACUCGCGAGCACUAGUCAUCUGGGAGAAUCGGCACUUACCGAGCUACCUUGGGCCAUCCCUACCACAACUCAUUCUUCUGUUUAUACUCAUCAUUGUCAACACGCUCACACUGUUCCUUGUGUCGGUCACCUUUCUGCGCACUGUUUGGGGCCUUGGAUGCAAUAUAACGACCAUAGAGAGCUGGGAGAUUGAACGUCACUCGAAGCUGCUCCGUCGCGCGCGAGCCCUAGGAGGGUAUCUGGAUGGCCCGGAUGGCAUCAGGAUCAGGAUAGUUCGACAUGAAUUCCCUUAUGACAUCGGCAUCUGGAGUAACAUUGUGCAAGGCAUGGGUACGGCGAACAUUAUCGCUUGGUUCUGGCCGUUUGCACCCACUCCUAGAACAAGCGGGCUAAAGUUUGAGACCAAUGGCUUCGAAGAUCCCGGAACGAGCUGGCCACCACCAGAUCCCGAUCGAAUGCCCAGGCUUGAGCGGCCUAUCGACCCUCAAGACACCUUUGUCCAUGACCAUGCUGGCCUAUCGCCGGAGGAGGAGGUGAUGGCUUUCAAACAGCGGCAACAGGCUGAUUUUCACCGCCGUGCAGAGCACUAUGGCGUGAAGAGAAGGAAACCAUUCCACGAACGAUUCGAACACGAGAACGGAGCACCGCUAGAGCAUGAUUAUUUCACCGACGACGAAGAUGAUGCUGCAAAUAGCGGCGAGGAAGGCUGGCAAGAUUCGGGCGGUAAUCGCUUGAAAGACUAUGGAGUCGACGAGGAGAUCGAAUUUUAUGACGAAGACAAUGUCCCAAUCGCUGAACUACUUCGACGACGGGGAGAAGGGCGUGCAGGCUGAGUUGGUGUCGCCCAACAUGUUUUUGGAGAAAUCCAAGGACGCUUUCAAGCCUGGUGAGCCAUAGGCUGGCUGAACACAUCGAGCUUGGCCCUGCCUAUUACCCGUACUUCAAAGAAC